UUGGUCUUGCUGAACUCAUGGGAACUCUUGAUGUUGAGGAGAAGGCGAGAGCAAAAGAUACACAUGGGAAAGACGUUGAGUCUUCUAGUGCCAAUGUGGUGCAGAAGAAAAAGCAAUUCGCAUUCCGUAAUAAGAAAAAGAACAAGCAAGAGAACAAGCAAGGAGCAAACCCGAAGCCAAAACAAACUGCAACUUUUAAGAAGAAAAAGGCAGAAGGAGGCUGCUUUGUUUGCGGUAGCGAUGACCACUGGGCGAGUGGUUGUCCAGACCGCAAAUUUAAACGAGAAGAGAAAAAGUCAGUAAACAUGGUCAUUGGCGAGGCUGAAGGAGGAACAUCUGGGCCGGCAACACUGGAGCCUUACUGAUGGGGAACGGAUCUCAUGCGCGUGUUCUUGGUGUUGGUACGGUCAUUCUGAAGUUCACUUCGGGAAAGACGGUGCUGAUGAAGAACGUGCAGCAUGUCCCCUCCAUCAAAAAGAAUCUAGUUAGCGGCUCACAGCUUUGUAGAGAUGGCUACAAAAUAGUCUUUGAGG